AAUGGUAUAGUCAACCCAAUCUAAGAUCUCCUAUGUAUGAUUUGUUUAUGGGUGAUUUAUCAAUGAAACAAUGAUAAAUCGAAUCAGGAGAUUGAUAUUUUACCCGGCUGGAAAGGUAGAAGAAGGUGGAAAAGACCAUGUUUCGAUUUAUGCGAGGAUCGACAAUGUUGGUGCUUCUGAGAUGCAGAUUGAUGUAGAACUCAAGUUCUUCAUCUACAAUCACAACAUCAAGAAAUACUCUGUUUUCCAAGAUGGAACUAUGAAGCAUUAUAGUAAGGAGAAAAAAGAGUGGGGAUUAGCACAAAUGCUUCUUCUUUCGAAGUUUAACGACCCAAAAAAUGGGUACAUCGAUGGAAAUGCUUGUAUCGUUGGGGUGGAGAUAUUCGUUAUAAAGCCGAGAGAGAAGGUGGAGAGGGUUGCAUUCACACAAAACCCACCAGAAAACAAAUUCACCUGGAAAAUCUCUCAUUUCUCAGAAAUAGGAGACAAGAGAUAUUAUUACUCGGAUGAAUUUGUGGUCGGAGAUAGAAAAUGGAGAAUGAAGAUUAGUCCAAAGGGAGACAAAAAGGUAAGAGCACUUUCAGUCUAUGUUCAAGCCAUGGCAUAUCUGCCAAAUGCGGUAGCUUCUAGCACUUACGCAAAGCUCAAACUUCGGCUAAUAAAUCAGAAAAACUCUAACCACAUUGAGAAACGCGUUUUUCAUUUUUAUUCGAGAGAAACUCAAGACGGAUCAGGGAUAUCGGAGUUAAUAUCUGUGGAGGAUCUAAAUGAUGAAUCAAAAGGGUACCUUGUGGAAGACUCCAUCAUUCUUGAAACUACUCUGCUUUGUGUCUCUGAGACGAUGUUUGUCGACUCUAUCUAAUGACUCUUAUUACCUCUCUCUUUCUUUGCAUACAUCUUUCUUUUGUAAGCAACAAAAAGUCUCCUUCGCUAUUUUCUUUUCUUUUCUGUUUUAUUGUUUUUUUUUAAAAUUUUAGUUUGUUAAAUAUAUUGAUGUUAUUGUUGACUGAUUAUGUAAGAAUCUUUGUACAAUUUGGGAAGGUAUUCUUAAUCAAAGCUCUAUAAUUCGGUCAUUUAAUCAGCACUGGAGCAGUUGUUUUUGAUGUCUUGUACAUUACACAACACAAUGAGACUUUAGUUUGAUCAACAACUUGUUUUUGUUAUCAAACAAUCUACUGUUCUUAUUCCUACGAAAAAGACUAAAUAUGUAGUGACCAUAUGAAAUCAGCCACUAAUUAGCUUCGGUUCGUUCUAAGGAAAUUCAGGUUUAUUUUUCCCCUUGUCAAAGAGAUAUUCCAGUGAAGAAGGUGCAGUUGCAAAGUACAAAGAUUGCGAGGCCUAGCAGCCGAACCCUACUUUGAAUAAGGCCUCGAGGACGAGUGAGCCUCGGAGUCUCCUGAUUCUUCAAGAGAUAAGUGUUACACCUGUCUUAAGACCUAAGUCUCGGACUCGGGGUUAAGCAUUCAAUAACCCAAAAGUUCGCUGAUAAAACAAGGUAUUCAACUAAAUGCAAUGCAUAAGAGAAGAUUAAAAAGGUGGAAGGCUAUGUUCGACUAAUUACAAGAAAACUUAGCAAUUUUGUUAAAACUUUUAACAAUCUCCAAUUAAAUAAUGUCAUAAACUUCCGACAUUAGAC